AUGGCCUCCAACUCAACCAAUAACUCAGUGCUAUGUCUCUCUAGCACGACACAAAACAUAACAAUCAGCAAGAAAGAACUUCUUGAAACUUGCUUCUACAAACGGACCAAGUACUAUUUUCCCCAUCACGACCCCAAAGCCGAAGAGUUCUCCCCGCCUGUCUACAGGUUAUUCUCCCGCUGCUCCAAGACUCAAGUCCCAAACUUGGGUAUUCUCGCACGCCUCCCUCAAGGUAUCCUCGAAGGUAUCGUCUCGCAGCUAGACAUCGACUCGUUCCGCCGCUUUCGACAAGUCAGUCGUAGGGCACGCUACCUCUCCACUGCAAUCACCACGUACCGUCGAGUUCUGCGCCAUGCCCCAGACGCCCUCAAUGCAUUGAGACGGACAGAUCUUAGUGGUUAUGUUUCGUACUCCGAUGUCUACAGCGCACUCACGACAACUAAGUGUGCGUUCUGCGGACUGUUCGGGGAUUUCUUGUUCCUUCCUACUGCCAAACGCUGCUGUUUCAAGUGUCUCUGUACAUCACCAGAGACAGCUCUCGUCAACGAAGCACACAUCAGUAAAAGGAAGCAAUGGGAGUGUUUAUACGCCAACCACACUAAUACCCUCACAACCGCCUUAGAGUCAACUGAUAUACGUACCUUUAAGACUCACAACUGGGAUGACCCUAAGAAAAUGUCCAAGACCCGUGGCGUUCUAGCAAAGGACUUACUAUCCGUCUACAUCAAAGUAGACAGCAACAUGGACGAACCUGGACAAGCCCUCUUAAACCCCGGCUGGCUACAUUACCGCCUCGCAGCAAGCAUAAUCUUUCCCUGCCUCAAUCCUCGCACGGGACAGCUCAAGACGGGCGCUGGUAUGCUCCCCUAG